AGAAAUGCAAUUGAACGGUUUUGUGGAGAGGUGAGACGCUUGUGCCACGCAGAGAGAAGGAAGGACUUUGUGUCUGAAGCCUAUCUGAUCACACUGGGCAAAUUCAUCAACAUGUUUGCGGUGUUGGAUGAGUUGAAAAACAUGAAGUGCAGUGUGAAGAACGACCACUCAGCCUACAAGCGAGCUGCUCAGUUCCUGCGGAAAAUGGCAGAUCCUCAGUCCAUUCAAGAGUCUCAGAACCUUUCCAUGUUCCUUGCCAACCACAACAAGAUAACACAAUCUUUGCAGCAGCAGUUGGAGGUGAUCGUUGGCUAUGAAGAGCUGCUUGCAGAUAUUGUGAACUUGUGUGUGGACUACUAUGAAAACAAAAUGUAUCUAACACCCAGUGAGAAACAUGCUUUUAAUCCAUUUUUGUUUUUCAUAAAUUGA